CUUGCGUGACAAGUAAAAUGGACAUAUUUAAGAGACCAAAAUGUCCACUUCAUUUUUCUUUUUUAUUCAGGGAGUACGGGUCUCCACUUUAAAAGGAAGAAAAUGGAUGCAGGAGAGGGUUGGGGGUCUAGGAAUAAGGUAGGACGCAAGGAAUUUAUAAGGGCAUCUUUUUGUCCUAAAUAUCAAUAAAAGAUAAUAUUUUUAUAAAAUAAAGUAACUUUUUCUCAAAAAUAUGAACAAAAUACUGUUCAUCGUCUUCCUCUUCUUCUCCUUCACUCUCUUCUCUCUCUUGCUUUUCUUACUGAGACUGAAGCUCUGGUGUAACUGUAACGUUUGUCGUAGUUAUCUCACCGCAAGCUGAUCGAUUGAAUUCGACAAUCUCUGCGACUGGUAUACCCAUCUCCUCAAGAAGUCUCCUAGCAAGACCAUACAUGUCCAUGUGCUCAGAAACACGAUUACAGCCAAUCCGGAUAACGUCACGAGGUUUGAAAAUUACCCAAAAGGAAAGCCUUUCUCCAUGAUCCUAGGUGACCUCUUGGGUCGUGGCAUCUUCAACGUCGACGAAGAUACAUGGAAGUUUCAGCGGAAACUAGCGAGUCUAGAGCUGGGUAGCAUCUUGAUAAGAUCAUUCGCCUUCGAGAUAGUCACCACCGAGAUCAAGCGUCGGCUUGUCCCGCUCUUAUCGUGGACUGCCGGCAAAGGACGCGUGCUAGAUUUACAGGACGUGUUUCGAAGAUUCACAUUCGAUAACAUUUGUCGAUUCUCGUUCGGACUAGACCCCGGUUGCCUGGAGCUAUCGCUUCCCAUCUCAGAGUUCGCAAUGGCCUUUGAUUUGGCGUCCAGAUUAUUAGCUCAACGAGCGUUGUCUCUAUCUCCGCUUAUCUGGAAGAUAAAGCGGCUGUUGAAUUUGGGGUCGGAGAAAAAGCUGAAGAAGGCUAUCCAAUUAAUCAACGUCCUCACAAAAGAGGUUAUCAGACAAGGUCGAAUUCAAUCUACCAGCUCGAGGUGCGAUAACUACGACAGACGUUACAGUUACACCAGAGCUUCAGUCUCAGUAAGAAGAGCAAGAGAGAGAAGAGAGAGAAGGAGAGGGCGAACGAGAGGAUGAGGAAGACGAAGAAUAUUGUCAUUGCCCUUCCUUCCUUGAUAUUUUUCAAAAAAAAAGUUACUUUAUUCAGAGCAAAAUGUUGUCCUUCUCUCUGCUAGAAACCCAAUUCAAAUUAACUGAACUUGUAAAGGCUGUGGAACAAAUAAGUAUGUCCUAAGCCUAAACCUGGUAUAAAUUAAAUACUAAGCGAGAGAUUGAAUAGUUGUGAGCCAUAUCCAUUUUAUGA